AUGUCUGAGGUGGAUGGAAGACGACGACCCCGUCAGAGUACGCUCUCGUAUGACUUCCAUAAGGGCAUUGUGGCAAGUGCCAUGGACAUCUCACUGCUAACAGCGAACGCGAACCAGCUCCGAUUGCUGUUGACGUAUAAUGAACAGUCUAGAACGUACAAAGGAUGCAUCAUUUUGGUCAUCACUUCGCUGGUACUGCAGAUAUUAGUCGCCGUCUGCGUGAUCAUCGUGACGAGCUACCCAAAAACGAAGGCAAACUACUGGAUUCGCCGGCUGAAAGUCUUCUCCUCGAUUCUGGUGGCCAUCAUAACCGUUAUCAACAUUUUAGUGGCUUCUUUGGUCUCUACCACCUGA